UGCUCAGAGGAGCAAAGCUGCUGCGAUGGCAGUAGAUAGAGUGGAAUUCCUGUGCAGUCAUCUUUCCACAUGACCUUCUUGAUUUUUCUUGCUGUUCUAGAAUUGCAACCUUGGGGUUUUGGAGGCUAUCCCUCUUCACUCUGCUAUGGCUUACUGAAGGCACAAUUCUCCUCACAGACUCAGCAUGAAUUUCCUUGCCUGGAAAUCCGAAGUCUUCUGGGUGACUUUUUCAGCCUGGCACAGUUCAGUUCCCUUUGCUUAUGGAAGAUCUUUGGCUUCUGGGGAUCCACCUCUUCUUUUCAAAUCCUUUUCACCUCAGACAAUCUGACCCUUUCUUAAUGAGUCCACAAGCCCUGUGAAGUCAUGUGUCGGACUUGGGUUUCUCAGAUAAGCCACUGAGAUCGCUGUCUGGCAUUCACUUCCUUGUAUGACAGAGAUAUUUGUUUCUUUCAAGAAUUUUUAUGCUGCCUCUUCAGAGAACAUGACUGAGGUAGCUUAAAAAGCAAAUGGUAAUGAAAACAUAAAAGACUAAUAGGUUUCAAUUAAUAAUCCAGCAUUAAAAAACCCCGCCAGAAUAUAAAAACAUAGCUCCUUGAAUGACAACGUAUACUGCUUUGUAGACUGAAAACACCCUAUCAAGAUAAUAUUCACAGAUCAACGCCUUACUUUAAAAUGUACCCUUCAAAAACAUCAUUUGUAGUUAGCAUAAACACCUCUUCUGGCUUAUCAUAAUUAGGGUUCUCAUCUGCACAGUUAGUGGAAAGAUGAGAAGCCAAUCAGUAGAUUGGGGCCCUGCAAGCUUCCAAAUUAGGGUCUCCUUCCUCACCUUUGGCUCCUCCAUGGCUGCAGCAUCUUCCAUAGACAAGCCACACUGCUGCUGAAAUCUUCUCCAGUUGUCUGCAGCACCAUUUGAGACAUCUAGCACCUCUGGGACUCUCAGUUACUCCGUUCUGCUCCUGGUUCACUCUUUCUAACUUCACAACCAUUUUGUAAAUAUGUGUCCCACUCCUGGUCCCAUGUCAUGUUGGCAUCUGAAUGCUGCAGGAAUCUUUAGUUUAUAGUUUGGCAAAAACUGGAAGCCCUCAAGAACUUUUGGGGGGCAUCUCAUUUGCCCCUCGCCUACCAUAUUCUCUUUCUCUUCCUUGCCUCCCUUACCGUCUCCCUCUUUCCUGCUUUUACCCACCUUUCUCUUUGGAGAAGAAGAGAAGAUGAGGGAAGAGCUGGACUCAAUCGGUCCAGAAGGGAGAAAAAGCCCUGAUGCCACAGAAAUUGGGAGCAGAAGGGAACUGUGGGAAGGAACCUUGCAGAGGAGCCUGGGAGACGAUUUUCCCCCUUCAGAUGUGCAGCGCCAGCAAUUCCGGCAUGUCCGUUACCAGGAAGCUGAAGGGCCCCGAAAGGUCUGCAGCGAACUCCACCGCCUUUGCCUCCAGUGGCUGAAGCCAGAAAGGCACAGCAAGAAGGAGAUCCUGGACCUGGUGAUCCUGGAGCAGUUCCUGGCCAUCCUGUCCCCAGAGAUGGAGAGCUGGGUCAGGGAAUGUGGACCGGAGAGCAGUUCCCAAGCAGUGGCCCUGGCAGAAGGGUUCCUUCUGAGCCACACAGGUGACAAGAAUCGAGGCCAGGAGGUGCAGGAAAGGGUCAACUGUUGCCAUGGAGCAGCUUGUCGGGGUGAGGCUGUGAAACCAACAAUAUAUUCUUUGCAAUCUCUUUGUGGCAGAGAGAAAGCGACUUCUAUGUGGCCAGAGCAGGGUCUGGUGACCUUCGAGGAGGUGUCUGUUCAUUUUACUGAGGAGGAGUGGGCUCUACUGGAUCUGGAAAAAAGAAGCCUUCACAAGGAAGUCAUGGAGGAGAAUUUUCAGAAUGUGGCCUCUCUGGGUCUUCCCAGUCUCCUCUUUAUUCCAGAAGCUAAUGGUCCCCAGAGAAAACCUGAGAGAGAAUCACAACAACUCCCAUUGGAAGGGGAACAGCAGAGGAGAAGCAAUGGGAGAAAAUGGAAAAGGGGGGAUGAAUCAUCUCAUCAACAAAUUUACACAGGGGAGAAACCAUAUAUAUGCAUGGAGUGUGGGAAGAGCUUUGCUCAGAAAAUAGAUCUCACUAUUCAUCGACGAAUCCACACAGGGGUGAAACCAUAUAAAUGUGUGGAGUGUGGGAAGAGCUUUGCUGGGAGAGAAAAACUUACUGUCCAUCACCGAAUCCACACAGGGGAGAAACCAUACACAUGCGUGGACUGUGGAAAGAGCUUUGCUCAGAAGACAAAUCUUACUGCCCAUCAACGAAUCCACACAGGGGAGAAACCAUAUGAAUGUGUGGAGUGUGGGAAGAGCUUUGCUUGGAAUAUAAGUUUAACUGAACAUCAACGAAUCCACACGGGGGAGAAACCAUAUAUAUGCAUGGAGUGUGGGAAGAGCUUUGCUUACAGUACAUAUCUUACCGCCCAUCGACGAAUCCACACAGGGGAGAAACCAUAUGAAUGUGUGGAGUGUGGAAAGAGCUUUGGUCAAAAUGCCAACCUUACUGUCCAUCAACGAAUCCAUACAGGGGAGAAACCAUAUAAAUGUGUGGAGUGUGGAAAGAGCUUUAUUAGAAAUGAGAACCUUAUUGUCCAUCAACAAAUCCAUACAGGGAUGAAACCAUAUAAAUGUGUGGAGUGUGGAAAGAGCUUUGUUCGAAUUGCAAACUUUACUGUCCAUCAACGAAUCCACACAGAGGAGAAACCAUAUAAAUGUGUGGACUGUGGGAAGAGCUUUGCUUUUUGUUCAAGCCUUAUUGCCCAUCAACAAAUCCACACAGGGGAGAAACCACAUAAAUGUGUGGACUGUGGGAAGAGCUUUGCUUUUAGUUCAAACCUUACUGUCCAUCGACGAAUCCACACGGGGGAGAAACCAUAUACAUGUAUGGCAUGUGGAAAAAGCUUUGUUAGGAAUGCAGACCUUACUGUUCAUCAACGAAUCCACACAGGGGAGAAACCAUAUAAAUGUUUGGAGUGUGGGAAGAGCUUUGCUCAGAGCUCCCACCUUACCUACCAUCGACGAAUCCACACAGGUUAGAAACCAUAUAAAUUUGUGGAUAGUGGAGACUUUUGCUCAGAACAGAGAUCUUACUGUCCAUCAACAAAUCCACACAGAGAGAAACUAUAUAAAUGUGUGGAGUAUGUGAAGAGCUUGGCUUGGAGUACACAGCUUACUUCCUAUCAACAAAUCCACACCAGGUAGAAUCCGUAUAAAGAUGCUGAGUGUGGAAAGAUCUUUGCUAAGAAUUCACAGCUUAAUGUCCAUCAGCAAAUUCAUACAAGAGAAUGACCAUAUACAUUUGUAGAGUGUGGGAAAAGCUUUGAUUAGAGGGAAAUCUGCCUGCCUGUCAAAAUAUCCACUGGACUUCUUCUUAGUGCAGAUGAAAGAAUGGUUGUGCAGGCAUAGUGGAAGUGGCUUCAAUUACAGCCCCACAGACACCACAGACACCCACCCAGACAAAGAGAAGGGUCUUCCUAGGGAGACUCACCUGCCUUCCACUCUCAGACCCCCGAAAGCAGGAGUGCCUCCCCCCUCCCCUCCCACAUCCUUGUGUUGCUCACACUUGGAAGCUUUUCUUUUUCCAUUCCCUUUAGUCUUCAUCCUCCCUUUUAAGAGCUCCACAGUCCUACUGGAAGGGAAAUGGAAAAACGUUUCCUGGUGGCUGAGAUGAAGGUGCUUGGGCAGCAAGAAGCGCCUCGUUCUGUGCUCUCUGCCUGCACGAUUUCCCCCGAAUGCACCUCUGCACUGAGCGUGGUUUUCUUUAGAGCUUGGAUCUCAUGGCAGAAUCUGCUGGAGUUUCAUUUUCAGGCUUCACUGCUCUUGCAUUUUGUGCCCCCCCCCAUUUCCUAUCCCCCUAUUUCUUUAUGGCAGAAAGUGGUAAGUUCUGCUUUCCUGUCCCCUCCUUUUAUGCUCCUCUUAUUCUAUGCAGUCACUGCUAUUGGUCUUUAGGACUCAGCUAGAUUCUCAAGUUCACUGAGAUCUCAAGUGUGCAUGUGGGAAUGUACUUAGGAGUAAGCCCCACUACACACUGCAGCAUUUAUUUCUUUGUGAAGGUUCAGUGCUCUAAAGGUUCACGCAAUCCGCCAGUAGAUCCUGGCUCACAAGGGGAAGACCACAGCUUUAGGAAUUUAGGUUGCAUUGGUUAGAAAUAAGAGACUUGAGACAGAAGCUUCCAUGAGCCUAGGCCUACUCACAUUUGUGACGCAGCAAAAGAGCAGCUUGGCAGAUCUGAUAAACAGACAGCUUAUCAACUAGAGCACCAUCUCUGAUAAUUCCUAGGAUAUAAAAAUAACAAGAUGACCUUGCACUUUGUUCCUUUUUUUUUUGUUCUUCAGGAAGCACAAAGAAAUUAGCAUAUUGAAAAUAGAAAUCUCUCUGCUGGGCAAUCCUCCUGUUUGUUACUUUUCACUUUUUGGCUUUUUCUGGGCAAAGUAUAACAGAUUAGUAUAGUCUCCCUUUUUCUCUCUCUCUUUCUCUCUCCAUUUCCUUUUCCUAAUUCCCUUCCUCAUUAUAUCCCCUUCUCAUUUCUUUAUUAAAUUUUAUUACCAAAUUUAAAUUUCAAUAGAAGGUACAAAAUGUUUUGCUGGUGCCACAAUUAUGAUUAUGAAAUAAUGAUUCGGAAAUAAACCACACUUUUUAUUUUUCACUUUUCUCUCUACAUUUAUUUAUAAAAAUCUACAAUAACUUAAAACAACACCUCUCCCUUUCAUAUUCAUACUAGUGGCCCCCACUUUAUGGAAUGGCCUACCUGAAGUGGUCAAGAAAGCUCCCAUACUCCUGACUUUCCACAAACUACGUAAAACUGAAUUAUCCAAGAGGGCUUUCUUCUCUGAUGGGAGGGCUGUAAUAUAUGGACGCUGUCUCAAAGAGAUACUUCAGUAAAGAGAUAGAGUGAGUGAUUAUAAACUUUCUUCCUAUUUGUAUAACUAUGAUCCUAAUGGCAAGAUCCUGUGUUGUUUAAUAUGUCGAUCUUCGAAUUACACGUGCACAGUUCCACCAAUUCCUCAACUUUGUAUUGGAUUUCUGCAGGUUUUAAAUCUUUGCAAAUGUGUGUGUAUAUACCUUAUUACAUGUUGUAAAGAAUAAAAAUAUUAAUAUGAAUAAAAGAUUAAGUUGUGCUUUCUUUGGUAGCAAACUUCGCUGUGCUUUAGGUCAGGGUAUUUUCUUGUACUUGCUGAUUAAGCCAGCUGGGGCCCCUUUUGUUUGGAAGUUGCCCUAACUUGCGUGGGUUAGAAGCUGAAGCAAGUUGCAAUCAAUAUCCCUUCAAGAUUACAUCCUGGCAUUUUGCCAAGCUAGGUAGAAGAAUUGUGAUUGGCUUGAGGAGGUUGAAAAAGCCGGUUCCUUGCUUUAGAAGGAAAAAGGAGAGGGGCUGAAGGAGGCUUGGCUGCAGGGUGGAGUAUACACCUCAGUUGUUAAGAGAAGGUUGCUGGCUGCUCUAUACUAAUCUUGAGAAGUACGAUUGCCCUAAUCUAGGAGGAAUGGACUUAUGCUGGAAACAGGGUGAAAGAUGGUGAUAUGGGGAAUUUGAUGUGUGAUUAAUUAAGCAGCUAGCUUUCAGUUGUUAGUUAAGGUUAUUUAGA